AUGGAUGCUGACUUCCUCAGUGUUUUCACAGAAUGUCAGACGGAAGGCAAGGUGGGCGUGACCUUCAACAUUGGUACGUCAGACAUCAGUGUGAAGGAGGUAACCAUGACGAUCAACGACGGGAAGUACCACCUGGUGCGCUUCACCAGGAAUGGGGGCAACGCCACUCUGCAGGUGGACAACUGGCCAAUCAACGAACACUUCCCCACAGGACCAAGCGAUGUUGAGCGCUAUCAAAUGGCUAAUAAGAAAAUCCCAUUCAAUUAUAAGAGGCCGGUAGAAGAUUGGCUACAGGAGAAAGGCCGGCAGCUCACCAUCUUCAACACCCAGGCGACCAUCUCUAUAGGUGGUAAUGACCGUAAACGUCCCUACCAGGGACAGCUGUCCGGUCUCUACUACAACGGCCUCAAGGUCCUCAACAUGGCUGCCGAAGGCCACGCCAACAUCAAGGUGAACGGGAGCGUGCGAUUGGUGGGGGAUGUACCCACCAGUAGGGGCGCUGCCCGCACCACCACCUCCGUGCCACCUGAGAUGUCCACCACCUUCAUAGAGACCACCACCACUCUGUCUACGACCACCACGAGGAAACAGCGCUCUCCACCCACCAUUCAGCAGACGACAGAUGACAUAGUAUCGUCGGCGGAGUGUUCCAGCGACGACGAGGAUCUGGAGGAGUGUGAUUCCGGACACGCAGGAGGGGAGUUAGUCAUCCCCGUACUUGUAGAGGAUCCCAUAGACAUCCCUCCUGUCUCCACCCAUUCUCCUUUCAUCCCCCUCCCCCCAACCCUUCGCCCCGUCCUCACCAUUAUCGAGGCCACCAAAGAGUCCCUGCCCAUGGCCACUGAGGCGGGGGUACCUUGCUUGUCGGACCGAGGCAGCGAUGAUUGUGAUGAUGGUCUUGAUGGUGGUGGUGGUGAUGAUGAUGAUGAUGAUGAUGAUGAUGAUGAUGAUGAUGAUGAUGGAAUGGUGAUAUCGGGGUUUGGCUCUGGCGAAGCUUUCGACUCUAGCCUGCCCCCCACUGACGAUGAAGAUUUUUACACCACCUUCUCCCUGGUAACAGAUAAGAUCUUGACCACGUCGGCCUAUGAAGGUGGCUACAAAGCUCUCGCGCCCAAGUGGGAGGCCAAGGACUUGAGGCCUAGCAAAGCCUCAGAGGCGGGUAGGACUACACCCACCCCGCCUCUACCCAACCUCGGGGGUACUGUAGCGGAGGCGUCCCUCCCCUCGGAUGGCAUGCCGCCCAAACUGCCCGCCGGGAAAAUGGACAACCGCGAGGUGAUCAAACCCCUACAGCCGGACAUUGUCCUGCUGCCUCUGCCGACCACGUCCUUCGACCUGGACGGCACCAAGCCCCGCGGGCCCCUCAUCACCUCGCCCAUGCUACGCACGGUGCCUGCCACGUUACCCACCGUACCCGUCGUAAGGCGGGUGCCCCCUGGGGCCUCGGAGGUGAUACGAGAAUCCAGCAGCACAACAGGCAUGGUGGUGGGCAUCGUCUCGGCCGCAGCACUCUGCAUCCUCAUCCUCCUCUACGCCAUGUACAAGUACAGGAACAGAGACGAAGGCUCCUACCAGGUAGACGAGACACGGAAUUACAUCAGCAACUCGGCACAGACCAACGGCUCCGUGGUGAAAGAUAAAACGCCCAGUGGGGGCAGUGGUGCCAAGGGAGCCAGCAGCAAGAGACCGAAAGACAAGGACAAGGAAUACUAUGUAUAGAAAAAAAUCAACCAUUCCCAAUGCAAACAAAAAAAUUAUUUAAAAACUGUUUGGAGAAAAUAGGAAUAAACGCUUGACAGUACCAUAUUGGGAGCUGUAAUUCAAAAAGGAAAACAAAAUCUGCUCAUGAGAACUCAAAGUGAAUGAGUCCAAGUUUAAACAUUUUCAAAUGUACUGUGACCUAAAAGCACACUAUGGUAAGCAUACAGAGAAACAGACUGAUAGGGACACUACUAUAAGAGACCUUGUUGUGACGAGAUGACGGAGCUCUGUCCGGAGUCGUUGCCAGAGGUUGGGCAGUGUAAGAUACUUCACUGUUACUUCGCUAUCCCUCCCAAGUGACUGUCAGAGAUGUGUGAUCCUUGGCGUAAACAACCUUGUCCAUUGUAACCCUGUAAAAUAACAAAACAAACAACCAUCAUUUCGGCCAUUCUGAGCAUGCAUGUGAGAUGUAUGUGACGUGGUGCUGGCAUCUGUGUGAGGGACCUGAAGAUAAGAACGAAUGGUCAGUUAAAGAUACAGUUUGAAAGACAAAACAUAAUUAGCAUAAAAUAUUUCCAUUUCUAUGCCUAGCAUUGAUAUGAGGGAAGGUAUGUGUCUGGUGGCUAAGGUGUAUUUCUUCCACCCUAUGCUUUUUGAGGAAUGAGACAUUGUCAGGGCUGACCAGUCAAUGCUCAAUGAAUGGUAGUGCAGUAAUGUAUCUCAAUUGUUUUUCAUCUUUUUCCCCACCGGUCUCAAAUAAGGAUUUGAAAUCUACAGUAUGCAUGACAUCCACAAUCAAGAGGGUAUUCAACCAUACUAGAGUGGAUGCAGCAGGCAAAAUGCUAUGUUUUUGUAUUAUAUACUUUAUAGAACAUUACAUCCCUGAUAGCAUUUUUAUUUCCGUUUAUUUCGUUUUCCAUAGAACACUGAUUCAGCUGUUUGUUACAUUCUGUUUGUCCCAUUUCUCAGUGGGUGGAGGUUUAUUCAAAGUCAUGAUGUCUGAGAGAUUUUUGGUACAAUAUUGAAAACAAUGUGGCUAAAGAAGACUUAACCAAUGUGAAAAAGUUUUGCAUUUUUUUCUCUUGUCACAGUCAACUGUGUCAAAACAACAAAUAUGUUUACAUAUGUUAUUGCAUCAUAGCCGUCGUCCUUUGCAGGUCAAUAUUGUACAUAACAUUCGAUUUUUUUUUUGUAUUGUACAGACAGAUCAUUUGAGCUGAUUUAUUUUCUCGGUGUACUACAAUACAUUACAAAAAUCAAACCUUUUUUUGAUGUUGAGAAAGUGAUUAUUGGAGAAAGGCUGGAGAAAGCGAUGCUGUACUUUUUUUGUAAGGAGAGGAGGAAAAUGUUGAUAAGUUAGAAAAUCUAGUGUUUUUGGAUGGUGUUUCUAAAACGCAUGAAUAUUUGACCAAUGGGAGAAGUCAAUCGAUAUUGUACUAGGGCCUGAUUUUGGAUUACGUUGAUUGUUUUUUUUUUUUUGUUGUUUUUUACAUAAAAACAGUGAAUCGAAACCUGAUAAUAAAGAAAGAAUCUGGUGGAUUUUUGAGACCCAGUACUGGCACCUUACUCAGAUCCUGGAUUAUGUUUUUUUUACUGUGAUGUCUAUGUUCCUUUCGGUUGUUGCUGUUCUUUUAUGUUUAUCCUCUUAUUGUGCAGUUUUCAUUUGAAGUCCUAUCAUUUCUAUGACAGUUUGGGCUGGCAGUACAUAUUUUUUGUAUUUAUUUAUUACUUCAUAUAUUUGAUUGUGUCUUGUUCAGUUCGCAUUCUAAGCAAAUCUCAAGUCGUUGUGCACAUUCAUUUUGAUUUUGUGUUGUUAUUACUGCUUUUCAACCCAUGAAUAAAUCCCAGCAAUAAA